AUGAGGUUCCUGUGUCUUCCCGGAGCAUAUGGCAGUGCAAAGAAUUUCAGAGUCCAACUUGCUCCCAUAUGCAGCGAACUCGAAUCAGACAACACCACAAGAUUCUUCUUCACCGAAGGCCAAAUCAAAACCACGGCACCCGCCGGAUUCGAAGACUACUUCGGCGGCGGCCCCUUCUUCAAAUUCUUCGAAUACGACGGGAUACAGCAAAAUGACGUUCUUGAACGCGUGCGCGAUUUUCCGGAAGGCGAAAAUGCGGAGGACGUUCUACGAGAGCUGAUGCCCACUGGAGACAGCAGCAUCCGAAAGAAUAUCACAAAUUGCCUGGACGCACUGUAUCGCACGAUCGACAAACACGGGCCUUUUGACGGUAUUUGCGCGUAUAGCGAGGGGACUGUCGCUGCGGGAAUUCUGAUCAUGGAUGAGGCGCGUAGGUUUGCAAGUGAGGGACGACCGAGACAGAUCAAACGGGCGGUGUUCUUUGCGGGGUGGCCGCCGAUUGACGCGGAGAAGAACGAUUUGAUACUGAUGGAUACGAGUGAGGAGUGUAUUGAUAUUCCCACGCUUCAUUGUGUGGGGUCCGAUGAUCCGUAUCUGGCGGGUGCGAUGGCGCUGUUUAAUGUUUGUGAUCAGGAUAUCGCGGUGUUGUUUGAUCAUGGGAAGGGGCAUACGAUUCCGAGGGAUAAGAAUACAUUGAGGGAGCUUGCUGAUGCUAUUAGGUUGUUGGAACAUGAGGGGGAGUAG